UUCUUUAUAUCAUCACAAUCAAUCGCUCCUGGAUUGCAUAGCUCACAUCACAUCAAUACAUCACCACCACCCUCCUCUCUCCUCUCCCUCCCUCUCUCCUCGUAGACACCUUCUUCUCCUUCUAGGUUUCCUUGCCUGUGCAGGCUCCAGCACGUACUACACUCAAGGACCGACGACGACGAUGCGGCUUAGCUGCAACGGCUGCCGCGUGCUGCGGAAGGGCUGCAGCGAGGACUGCAGCAUCCGCCCCUGCCUGCAGUGGAUCAAGAGCCCCGAGGCGCAGGCCAACGCCACCGUCUUCCUCGCCAAGUUCUACGGCCGCGCGGGGCUCAUGAACCUCAUCAACGCCGGCACGGACGACAGCCUCCGCCCCGGCAUCUUCCGCUCGCUCCUCUACGAGGCCUGCGGCCGGAUCGUCAAUCCCAUCUACGGCUCUGUCGGCCUGCUCUGGUCCAACAACUGGCAGAUGUGCCAGGCCGCCGUCGAGGCCGUCCUCAGCGGCAAGCCCAUCGUCCAGGUCUCCUCCGAGGAUGCCGCCGCCGACCGGACCCCGCCGCUCAAGGCGUACGACAUCCGCCACGUCUCCACCUCGUCAGCCGCCGACGGGAGGCUCCACAAGGUCGCCAAGCCCGGCCGCACCCGCUUCAAGCGCGCGUCCUCCGCCUCGUCCCACCACAACCCGUCCAGCGACUCCAACAACAAGCCGCAGCCGCAGCCGCGGGCGCCCACGGCGGAGGAGGAGCUGGAUCGUCAACACCGCAAGGAGAUGCAGGAGGGCGCGUUCCAGCGUGCUCCGAGCCACGAAUCCUCCGACAGCCGACACGAGGACCCCGUGGAGCCACACUGCCAGCAAGAGGCGUCCGCGGACACGGAGGCCGAGGCGGGGUCGCACGUCAGCCAGGCGGAGCAGGAGCAGGAGCAGAGCACAGAGCCGGCCGCAGAGCACGCGGAGGAGGUCGAAAAGGAGGAGGACGAAGAACUAGGGCUCGAGCUCACGCUUGGAUUCGCUCCCGUCGCAGCACGGCCGGCCGGAUUUCACCUGAGCGUCCGGACCGCGGCGGAGCCGGCUUUCGUCGGGCUCCGGUUCCUCUGAAAUAGGGGGAAAUUUUAAGCACAUUUACCUUGUGAAAACAUAGAGAGCUAUUUGAUGGACUCUUUUAUCUUUAAUUGGAAAAAAAAAUUAGGUCCGUUAGUUCGUUUUUGUUUCAUGGUUGCAAUGAGUGUACAGACAAUAGCUCCGCAUGGCCAAGAUUUUUCCAAUAAAAAAAUGUGUUUUGCAGUC